AUGACAGAUACUGCAACUACAACUACAAAUGAAAUCGAUCAUACAACAACAUUUUUAAAAGAUAAACAUAUAAAUUAUAUUACAAAUUUAGAUGUUAAAAAAGAUACAUUUGAAUAUUGGGUCACAGAACAUAUUAGAAUGAAUGGAAUGUAUUGGGGAUUAACAUCACUUAACCUUUUAGGAGCAUUAGAAAAAAUGGAUAAAGAAGAAAUUAUACAAUGGAUUUUAUCAUGUCAAAAACCAAAUGGUGGAUUUAGUGGUAAUACUUUACAUGACGAUCACUUACUUUCAACACUCAGUGCAAUUCAAAUUUUAGUUCAAUUAGACUCAUUAGAUAGAAUUGAUAUAAACCCAGUUAUAGAAUAUAUUGUUAAAUUACAACAAGAGGAUGGUUCAUUUUUUGGUGAUCAAUGGGGAGAAAUUGAUACUAGAUUUUCAUAUGUUGCAAUUUUAACUUUAUCAUUAUUAGGAGCAUUGGAUAGAAUUAAUGUUAAUAAAGCUGUAGAAUUUAUAGAUAGAUGUAAAAAUUUCGAUGGUGGAUUUGGUUCUAUACCAGGUGCAGAAUCACAUGCAGGUCAAAUUUUUACAUGUGUCAGUGCAUUAGCACUUGUAAAUAGAUUAGAUUUAGUUGAUAUUGACAAAUUAGGAUGGUGGUUAUGUGAAAGACAGCUCCCAAAUGGUGGUUUAAAUGGUAGACCAGAGAAAUCAUCAGAUGUUUGUUACUCAUGGUGGGUUAUUUCUUCAUUGUGUACAAUUGACAGAUUAAAUUGGAUCAAUACAGAAAAAUUAAAAAAUUAUAUUCUCAAAUGUCAAGAUAAUGAAACUGGUGGUGUUGCAGAUAAACCAGGCGAUAUACCAGAUGUUUUCCACACCUAUUUUGGAAUCAGUGGUUUUUCUUUAAUGGGUCAAUUUACUGAUCAAGUCGAAACCAUUGAUCCAGUUUAUGCCUUACCAAUCAAAACUAUUAAAAAAUUAGGUUUAAAAGCACCAUGGAAUAAAUUAAUAUAA